AAGACAACCGCGAAACUAUGGCGAAGAUUAUCGGAGCCAAAAAAACACUUUGGCAACAAGUUUGUGACGAGUAUGAGGCGGAGCGGCCCAGUCCUCCCAGUGCUGAGACCAGAGACAGCAGCUCGGUGAGCACCCAGUGCUCCCAGUACAGCUCCAGGACUCACAACCCGGUCUUCUAUGGACUCACCACAGCCAAGGUGUUUGUUGACGAUGACCCUCUCAGAGACUUUGACCCUCUUGUCGGCCAUCCUGCCCUCGCUGGAUACUCUGUGUUGGACGCUCGUCCUUCAGGCCGGAAACGUCCAUCAACAUCUGAAACCACAUCGGCUCCAAAACCCCCUGAAGGUCUUGUGACACGUUUCCUGGAGAGGAGAGUGUUUCCUGUGUUGUUGCCUGGACUGGAGGCUCUGCUGGCAGAAGCCCAGAAACAUGGCUGCUUCCAGAGGAAAAAAACAGCCUUUAAUCCGUGUGACUUCCUGGCUGAGUGGCUCUACAACCACAACCCUCGCAGACGAGAACAGGUCCCAGUCAAGCUCAGUGACAUCCCUUUUGUCAAGAACUGGUUCAGCUUGCAUCCCAGACCUCCCAUCCCUCUGUUUCUGCUGCUCAGUGAGGACCAGGCUGCUCUGCUCAUCCAGGCUUUCUGGAGAGGAUACAAGAUCAGGGCUCGUCCAGAUGUGCAGGAGCUCCGUCAGUGGCAGAAAGAACUGAGAGAAAACCACGACAUCGCCAAAACUGUCGAGAAGUUCUGGGCCAAACAAGAGAGCCGAGUGGGCUCGGCCAUGACAGAUCCUCCCAGAAGCCCCCAGCCCGGAGACUCAGACGUGUCCAUCCAGGUGGUGUCUCCCACCCCCCAGAGCACCGUGGUGCACACCCCCACCCCCCAGAUGACCCCUGACCCCGGCGUGGAGUGGCUGAGCCCCGGCCUGCUCAGCGUGGAGAGAACCUCCUCCUCUCUGUCUCCCACUGACCUCCUGACUGGAUCUGUCCAUGGAGACAAACCUCUGACUGCAGCUUCUCCUUCUUUAUUAGGAGCUCCAAACCUGAGCUGGACUGGUGCUACUGGGAACUGAAACCAGUAGCUGGGUGAACAAGGUUCUUCUGGUGGUUAACCCUUUGGAGUUUGGGGCUGUUUUGUCGGUUUUUGACUCCUUUUCAUUCUGUAUAAACGACUUCAAAAGUGUU